AUGAAACCCUUUAACUUGUCUGCCGGAGGUGGCUACCCUUCAGUAAGUGGUGCUGGUGCAGGAACACCCCUCUCACACCCCUCUCAACCUUCCUCUUCCAAUGUUGGUCAUGACGAUUUACAUCCCAAUGUCUCACCUCCUUUCCAAACCUCACCGUCAAGUGGUGUGACCGAAGGUGGAGGAAGCAGUCAAGUGGGUCCGCAUGAUCCCAUAUUUUCGGGAACACAUCGACCCCCAGAACAACAUCCUCACUUUGAUCCCGUUUAUCCACACAAUCCCAUGGGAGAUCCCAUCCCUGACCAUCAACGGGUGCCUCAUGAUUUGGACGAAGAUUCGAGUGGUCUUGGCUUGGAGGAAUCCCAUCAACAUGAAUAA